GGUGGACGCAGCUUUCCCGGCGAGGCCUCGCAGCAGGGACCCCAGUAUAAGUCGGAGGCGGCUGGGCCGGGCGGGCGCGCAGAUCCCACCCCUUCCUGAAGGAAGCGCCCUCCCCGCCGCGACUGCCUGCCGCCGCCAGCACCGCCGCCGCAGGUCACGGCCCCGCGACGCGACCGCGGCCCCGCCGCCUGGGAGCAGUGGUGCAGGCAUGGAUGGGAAGAAAUGCAGCGUGUGGAUGUUUCUGCCUCUUGUAUUUGCUUUGUUUACUUCAGCUGGGCUAUGGAUCGUAUACUUUAUUGCUGUGGAAGAUGACAAGAUUUUGCCACUAAAUUCAGCUGAAAGGAAAGUGGGGGGGAAGCAUCCGCCAUACAUAAGCAUUGCAGGUGACGAUCCCCCUGCCAGCUGUGUGUUCAGUCAAGUGAUGAACAUGGCAGCUUUCCUAGCCCUGGUGGUAGCCGUUCUGCGCUUCAUCCAGCUGAAGCCGAAGGUUUUGAACCCGUGGCUGAACAUUAGCGGAUUGGUGGCGCUGUGUCUGGCUUCCUUUGGAAUGACCUUACUUGGUAAUUUUCAGCUCACAAAUGAUGAGGAGAUCCAUAACGUGGGCACGUCCUUAACCUUCGGGUUUGGCACCCUGACCUGCUGGAUCCAGGCCGCGCUGACCCUCAAAGUCAACAUCAAGAACGAAGGCCGGAGGGCCGGGAUCCCACGCGUCAUCCUGUCGGCGGUGAUCACUCUCUGUGUGGUCCUCUAUUUCAUCCUCAUGGCCCAAGACAUCGACAUGUACGCAGCCCGGGUCCAGUGGGGCCUGGUCAUGUGCUUCCUGUCUUACUUCGGCACCUUGGCUGUGGAGUUCCGGCACUACCGCUACGAGAUCGUGUGUUCCGAGUACCAGGAGAACUUCCUGAGCUUUUCAGAAAGCCUGUCUGAGGCCUCCGAGUACCAGACUGACCAGGUGUGACCCCCCCCGUCGGGGCCGCCUUGCUGAUGAGGGUGGUGCAGCCACCAGAGGGGCCCAGACGCUGAACCUGGAGACACACCUCACGCACGCGCACACACACAAACAUGUUCAAGUCCACAUCUGCCAGAUGAGCUUUCCAGGGUGAGUUCUUUCUGUCCUGGCAAAGCAUAAGUCCUUAGGUGUUGGAAGCCACGCUGUUAACACUGAAAAUAUAUGCACGACAGAGCGGGAGGCCAGAGGCUUGUGCAUGGUCGUCUCUUCCCGUCCCCCUCUCUUCCAGUACCUCCUGCUUUUCCCACUGCCACCACGUGCUCCACACAUCCUGAGCACCCUGCCCUACAGGAGGGUGUGACAAUCACGCUUACGAGAGCAGGAUGACAGCUCUCUAGGUUGCCCCCGGGUCCCCAGGGCUUGGCACUAGCCCCCAGAGUUCGGACUCGGGCUUGGAAAUUGUGAGCAGCUCCUUGCGUGUCAUCUGAUUGCAUGGAUGCUGUGUGGAGAUGCCGGAGGGUGACUUGCAUGGGGCCGUGCAACGGGUUGGCUCCAGCUUCCCCCACGAACGCUCCCUGCAUCAAAGUUCCGUGGUCAACCGUGUGGACCUGAUGAAAGGAAAGGCCACUGCCUCAGAGAGUGAAAUACUCCAUUGGGAAUUGGACCUGAAUCACUAUGACUUAAAAAAGGCUCCAAAUGUGAACAUCUUGUGGGGACGUGGUCUGGCCAGGCCUGAUGAGAUAUGGCAGCAGCCGGCCUCUGGUGUCGUUUUUGCUUCCGUCAUUUGCCACGUAUAGUUUUUAUUUUAUAUAAUUUGGUUGUUCAUCAUGAAUUUCCUUAAUCUUUAUGGACAGAGAUGUAGACCAAGUGCAAGAGGAGAAUUCACUAUGGGUUCAGCCAUGCUGAAAC